CUGUUUUUGAAACUUCUGACUAAAUGAAUUUCAGCUUAUUUGUAUCUGUUACAAUGACUGUGAUGUAUUUUUAACUAAAAUUUUGAAACAACUGUAACCUGAUCAGUCUUGUAAAAGAACAGUUUAUUGUCGGUCAGAUAUUUAAGACGGUCAUCUGAUUGGUUGAAUACAAAUGUUGACCACUCUCAAAAUGAACCAAUCCAUUUUCAAGGUUACAUAAUGAUAGAGCACAUACUAAGCAUUAAAGUACUAUUGGUUUAAAUUAGUCCGAAUAUAUGGUAGUCGGAUGAAACAGUUUCUCAUUCACAUUUUAUGACACUAAAUUAAUAAUUUAAUUGGAAUCAAUAUGAAGAUUAAAACGAGUUAUCCAUUUAGUAGUAAUGACUGAAACAACUCGGAAAAUCGUUGUUGUUGGAGAUGGAAUGGUUGGAAAAACUGCUUUAUUGUCAGCAUUUGUAAAUGGUGCAUUUCAGGACUGCUAUAUCCCAACAGUAUUUGAAACAUCAGCUAAAGAAGUUGAUUUGCCAGAUGGUCGUCAUUUAACUUUGGGUUUGUGGGAUACAGGGGGUCAAGAGGAAUUUGAUCAAAUUCGGCAGCUUGCAUAUCCUGGUGCAAGUUUAAUUAUGCUUUGUUACGCAGUUGAUUGUCCAACUAGUUUGGAAAAUAUUGUGCACACAUGGCUAGAUGAAGUCAAAUGCUACUGUCCACAAAUACCACUUAUACUGGUCGGAUGUAAAGCUGAUAAACGUGUGGUCAUUGCACCAGGAAAAUCUAAUAAUUUAACUAUGAAUGCAUCACAGACAGCUUUGAUCGAUCCAAAUGAUGUUGAAAAGGUUAGUAAACAAAUAGGUGCACAAAUUGUUAUCGAAUGUUCUGCUUUGACAAGAUCCAAUGUAAAUAGUUUGUUUGAAUUAGCCGCACGAAUUAUACUAGAUGUAGAAAGAGAAAAUACUCGAGCAUCGAAAUUCUAUAACAUACUUCCAAUCCAUAGAAAGAAAUCAAUUUCAAACGGUGCAGUAACUGGGAACUCAGUUAUUACACGUCGAAGCUCUGGACUGAAACGACGUAUUUCCAGUUCAAAUUAUUUUUGUUUUCUAAGAAAACGGUGAAUUAUUGCAUGCAAGAAAUGAUGAGUAAAUAACAAAAUUGAGGAAUAAUAUGCUAUCGAAUAUUCCGAAGUCUUUUCCCUUUCUUAUUUCGAAAUAUGGGCACAUAAAAAUGUUUUCAUAAAGCUCAAAAUAAUUCCGUUUUUCUUAAACGAACAGCCAAUGUCUUUCAUAAGUUGAUACUAGAGAAGAUUAUAUGCAUAUCACAAAUAAUUAUAUCGAUAAUGAUAACACAUACGUUCAUUUGCAUCAAUCUAUUGAUAAUCGGAACCUUAUUGUGUAAAUACAAGAGUUCAAUGUAUAUUACCAUCUUGGAAGAGCUGUGAUCAUGAUUAUUCGAUUUCAUUUGUACACUCUAUUAUGAGGACUACAUGUGUUGACCAAAUAUGCAUAAAAAUAAUGUAUAAAUGGAUGGAAUUAUUUUAAUUGUAUGAAAUGCUGAUAAUAAUAUUCCAGAAUACAUGUGUAAUAUAUAUUGAAUUGUGAAACUGAUGGAUUUAGGUAUGCAUGAGCCUAUUCACUUCCGACUAGUAACAAUGUACACGUAAAGUUAAUUCAUUUUGAACUUUUGGAAUGAAACUCAUUGCUCUACUAUAAACAAAUAUAUAUUUAAUUGUUUACUACAUACCCAUUUGUAUUAUCACCUCUGCUUCAAUAUAAUCAUCAUCGUUAUAGUUAAUCAUGCUACCGAUUGUUAAAAUGUCAGCAAUAAUGAGUACCGUUAGCGUUUUCCGCACUUAUUUAAAAAUAAAGACCGAUUAAGUGACAAAAAAAUUUCGCAUUUUUCAAGUUAUUACAAGCUGUUUAUAAUUAGUAUUUUUUCAUGAAUUUGAUAAAAAUGAGUCUUAGUGUGCAGGAGUAGUAAUCGUAUGUUUUCUAGGCACUUGAUUUUAGUCAGCUACGACUAAUCAGUUGAAUUUCCUUUAGAAAAAUAAAAUGUAUUACAAGCAAAUUAAAUUUUACAUGUCAGACAUCAGAGUGAGAAUCAACCAAUGAGACCGGAAGAUGACCUAUUCCUACUCCAUAUAGAAGAAUAAUUUCUAAACAGUAAUGAAGCAACAUUUAAAUACUCUCCUGUGUAUCUGAUACGAAAUAAAAUAUAAUUAAGAAAUGAUAUUGGCAAACAAACGGAAAAGUAAUAUUUAUUCAGGUAAGCUGAGCUCGACAGAGCUUCGGUUAUUAAAGUGAAAUGGAGAGAAAGUAUAUUGUCACUGACAGGUUUUCAGUAUUAGUUCGUUUCAAGGACACGACAACUGUAAUACUUAAACAGUAUCCGCGCAAUACUUUAAGAAACUGUGCAAAGCAUUUUCUCAAGGAUAACAUUACCAAAUAGUGUAGUAUUUUCACCAAAACAAUUAAGGUAUUUGUACUGUGUUCAGGGAUAUAAUAUGAAACUAAAUAACAUCUCGGAUAUAUUUUUAUCGUGACUUGAAUCGGUUGUUUACAAGAGUUGGUGAUAGAUGCAAUUCCUGACUACUCUGAUAGAGAUCAUGAAGGUAAAUUUUUAUCGUAGCAGUGAGAAAAUAUAAGAGGCAGACUAAAGAUACAUUUCACCGAGAACUGGAGAGAGACAUGGAAAGAGUGUUUAGCACUUGGAAACAACUGGAAAGGACUACCCAGGACAAUAUUGUUUGAGGAUUUCUUGUCGGCAGCUUCAUGAAGAGUAAAAGAAAAUUACGAAAGCCCAUGGAUACGAUGGCAAUUCCAAAGGCUAAGAAUUAGCUGCCUGCUAACUGAUUACCUACUUCCAAAUCGGCAUAUCAACAGGUGGUAAUAAUUUUCUCCAUACAUUUUUACGAAAAAAAAGUGAAUUAUUAACAAGAAAAAUAUAUGCUACUUAUAUAUAUUAAGUAAGUUAAAAUAAUAUCAGAGAAAUUAGAAAAUGACCUCAACUUCUAAAGAUGUAUCAGAUCAACUUGGAUGGAUUAAAUUUUUUCAUAUGUAGACUCUUAAAAAUAAAUGUAAGGUACUUUGUGAAAAUCACAACAACAAAAAAACACGAAGCAUAUAGUCAGGCAAAAAAUACUUGAUAAAAUUUAAUUGAUAUACGUUAUUUUUGAAAUGUAUGACCUAAAGGAUUAUAAAAAUUUACUGGUAAAUUUGGAUUCAGCCAAGAAAAGUGACUACUUGAAAUCGAUAAUCUAUUGAAUGUCUGUAGUUUUGGAUCCGUAUUAACUCGUAAAUUGUACAAUUGAUUCAUAAGUAAUUUAUUGAUUGUACUCGUCCAUAGUUGUUUCACUGUAUUAUCGUUUGAUUUAAACGUAUAAGUGGAUCCAUAGUUUUCGGUAAAUAGUGAGAAACAUCGAUCAUGUGAAUUUGAAAAUAACCCAAUUUGAUGUAGCUUUUAGAAAAAUACAGAAAUACAAAGAAAAUAUGAUUCAUUUUUGAUAUAUUUUUCAUUAUAAAUGUGUUCAUGAAGAAAUGACAGUAUGUCGUUUUUUCAGUAAAUUAAUAGCCAUUAUAAUGAUGCCAAAUCGAUGGUAUCAACAGUUAUCCAAUACUUUGUACGUAGCCAGUGUACACAUCCUCUUAAGUCAAAAUUGUUCAUAACAUUGUUAGUUGCUAAAAUCAUGU